UGCUUUGUGCUGCCACCGUGGUGUCUGGUGACCCCAGGGAUUCAUCUCAGGCUCCAGGGAUGGAUGAAGUGAAGAGUCAGUUCAUAGAAUCCCAGGCUGUGGGAAGGUGGAGAAUUUUGGAGGACUCUGAUGACAGACAAGAGGAUAUGAACUUUGAGGACGUGGCCAUUGCCUUCUCUCAGGAGGAGUGGGGACUGCUUGAUGAGGAUCAGAGACAUCUAUACUACGAUGUGAUGCUGGAAGUUUUUGCACUUAUAUCAUCUGUAGGUUGUUGGCAUAAAACAGAAAAGGAGGACACCUGUUCUGAUGAGAGUAUUUCUGUACAAGGAGAGUCAAAAUUCAUGGCUUCUAAGACAGCUACAGCAACCCAGAAGACCCAUCUCUGUAAACGAUGUUUCUCAGUUUUAAAAGUUAUUCUGCACCUGACUGAGUCACAAGCAGCAUACAUUGAGCAGAAAGCCUUCUUCAGUGACAAAUCUGUGAGAAACUUCUCUUCCAAUGUAAACCAUCACCAGCAACAGAGGGAUACCAGUGGAGAGAAGCCCUGGGAAGAAGCUAUGGAUGGGGCCUCCUUUGUGACCAGCUGCACCUUCUACUUAUCAGGGGUGCCUUCAACCACUAGAGAGACUGGGAAACACUGGCCAGCCAGCUCAGGGCUGUUGCAGCCCCAGGCAACUCUUAAUACCGAGGAGCCUCACAGUGGCAGUGAGACUUCACAGAAAUUUCUCAGUGGAAAAAGUCAUCAACAGUGGAGCAAACGUGAAAAUGCUGCAAACCACAGACAUAAAUUUGUUCAAUAUCAGGAUGUCUGCUCUGGUGAAGUGAAAUAUGAGUGUAACAAAUGUGGUAAAGUUUUUAGAUGUAUUAUUAACAUCAAUCAACAUAGGGGAGGUCACACUGGAGAAAAGUCCUAUGAGUGUAGUAAUUGUGGUAAGUCAUUCAGCAAAAGCUAUAAUCUCAUUGAACAUCAGAAAAUUCACACUGGAGAAAAACCUUAUGAGUGUAGUGAAUGUGGGAAAUCUUUUAGGUACAAUAGUCACCUCCUUAAUCACAAAAGAGUUCACACUGGGGAAAAGCCGUAUAAAUGUAGUGAGUGUGGGAAGUCCUUCAGUCAUAACUCUAACCUCAUUAAACACCACAGAGUUCACACUGGAGAAAAGCCAUAUGAGUGCAGUGAUUGUGGGAAGUUCUUCACUCAAAGCACUAACCUCAGUCAACACCACAGAGUUCACACUGGGGAAAAGCCAUAUGAGUGUAGUGAUUGUGGGAAGUCCUUCAGUCAAAGCUCUAACCUCAGUCAACACCACAGAGUUCACACUGGAGAAAAGCUGUAUCAAUGUAGUGAUUGAGGGACGUCCUUCAGUCAAAGCUCUAACCUCAUUCAACAUCACAGUUCACACUGGAGAAAAACAUUUUGAGUGUAGUGGAUGUGGGAAAUCUUUUAGGUACAAUAAUCACCUCCUUAAACACAAAAGAGUUCACACUGGAGAAAAACCUUUUGAGUCUAGUGUGUGUGGGAAAUAUUUUAGCCACAAACAUAGUCUGUUCACACACCUGAGAGUUCACACUGGAGAAAAGCCUUAAAUGUCCAGAUCAUAUUUUAUCUUUCUCACUCAGAAUGAAAACACUGAAGGAGAUACUUUGGGACCCAUUUACCAAAUAUAAACUCCUUUUGUCAAAACAUACACUCUGCUAGAUUCUUCAUAAGCUUCAAGUACAAAUGAGGCUUGAAGGAUCUGCAUUUGCCAACCUGCCCAGACCUAAUACCCGAUUGAUGUCACUGCAUAUAUUUGUGGCUGAAACAAUUUCACCUCUACCACCUGAAGAAUGUGCAUUGGUAACAUCACCUGUGUGCUCAGGGGAAAUAUAUUCUGUGUUCUCACUUGUGCUUGAGGAAAUUAUGAUUAUUAUGACCUCUUAGCAGUAUCUUCAUUCCUUUAUCUCUGACUAGGGAAUGCACCUGACCCAGGGUUCAUCCAGAGCACCUGUCCUCAGCUAAGAAGUGCUAUUUCUGACAGGGACAUUGUAGUUCUCACAUUAGCUUGAUGAAUUAUUUCAGGUUCUAAUUCACCAACCUGCAAACUGCUUGCUGUCCUCUGCUCCUUUUAUGUUUUUGUAAAGUUGUUUUUUUCUUUUAUACCUUUAAUUCAUUUGUUCUAUUCACUGCCUGGGAUGAUUGGAAUGGAAAGUUGUGAUCUGUCAGCAUGGAGAGAUAAAUGGAUAUGGUGUGGUCCCAAACUUUUGUGCUUUGGACGUCAUAGCAUGAUAGCAGAAAAUUCCUCUUUGUCUAAUAUUGGCUAAUUUUGUAUUGCUGACCAAGGCCUUAAAUGAAAGUGUACAUGACUUUUUGUUUUUAAUUUGAAGUUUGGUGUCUCCAUUAUUGGUGAGGUCAAUGGUCAUCCUAAAGAGGAGGCCUUCAUUGUGCUUAUACAAACAAUAUGAAUUAUGAUCUCUGUUCACAAUAUCCUAUAUAAUAAAAGGCUAAUAUGCAAAUUAUCCCCUCGGGAGUUCAACCGCUCACUAUAACGUGCACUGACCACCAGGGGGCGGUGCAGAACGAAGGAAGGCCCCCAGCUGGCAGCCAGGAGAAGGAAGGCCCCGGCCAGCAAUCUGAAGCCCCCAAUCAGCCUUGAUUUUCAGCCAGUUCUAGGGACCCUACCUGUGCACAAAUUUCGUGCACCGGGACUCUAGUGUAUUAUAUAAGUUUCAACAAUGUUUAGAGAACUACUCUAUACAUGCUCCAAAGAGGACAUGUGCCAUGAUGUAUGAAAUUCCAUAGACUGUUGUCACUUGUAAUACUCUGAGGUGGAAUUAGUAUUGGGACAGAAACACUGUUUUCAUGGAAAUGGGAGAGACUAUAGUUAAAUGAGAUGAAAAGUGCCUCUUCUUGACAUAAAUCCAAAAUUAUUCCAGGGCCUCUGGCUCGUAUGAUCAUUUAGGACAUUCUGAGGACCUCCAUAACUAUUUCCUGUAGCUGAAGCCAUUGGCAGAAAAAAUAAUAUAAAAGUGGUGUGGAUUCCCCUGGCCCCUAUAGGGUGUUCACCUCAAGGUUGUUGCUCAACAGGCAAGAACUCAAAGAUAGAGGAAGGAUAAUCCUAUAAUGAAUCCCAGUUUGUGUCUUUUGUAACCACUCAGCACUCCUGUUGGUUCUGAUGGCAAUAAUCUACACUGCUUGCCAAUAUUUCCUGCCACUGAGGCAAGGCUCUUCCUCCCAGAAUAGGAAAACUGACAUACAACAAACUGCCCUUUUCUAAUGUGUACUAUUUGGUGAGCUUUGAUGUACAUAUAAAGCUGUGAAACCAUCAUACAUGAAACAAACUUAUCUGUCACCAAUAUACACAGUGGAGCAAAAAUAGAUUUACAAUUUUGAGCACCCAAAACACAGAGUUUUUAAAAAAUAUUUUAAACAUUACUUAUAUUGUUUCUUUUAGGGAAAUGGAAGGGAGGUGAAUGAGAGAGAAACAUCUAUAUGAAAGAGAUACAUUAAUCACUGCCUCCUGCUCUCCCCUACUGGGGUUUGAGGAGGGCUUGUGCCCUGACCUGUUCUAGUGACCUUUAAGUGUGGGGGUGAUGCCCAACAGACUGAGUGACACUGGCCAGGGCAGAGUACAUUCUUGUAUUAUUAUUUGUUAAUUAUUGUAUUAAUUUCCAUACCAAUAACUCUUUUGGCACACCCUAUAUUUACCUCCUGCCCCUUUAUAAUCUCUUUAUUUCUCCAGUCCUCCUUGCAAGUAUUGAUUUUCCUUCCAUUACAAUGCAUUAGUUCAUAUUUUUAUAAUUUUAUAGGCACUAUAAUGUGUGUACUCUUUAACAAAUAUUGGUUUUCUUCAUGCUGCACAGUUAUUUUGAGAUUCAAUACAAAUGCUUAUGUGAAUAGUUAAUUUUUUACUGCUGAGUAGUAUUGUGAUCUGUGAAUUACCACUUUAUCUAUUGAUCUGUCUAUGAUUUUGGUCAUUUCCAGCUUUGGGAUAUUAUAAAUAAAUCGGCUAGGAAUAUUUGCAUUAA